ACUUCAGUAACUCCGUAACCUUCGAACGUCGAGCCUAUGCUUUUCUCCUUCGCGAAGGAAUUCGUUGAGCGUGUACAUUGUUUACGUUCGUUUAUCCUUUUCUCCCUUACAUUUAACAUACAUACACAUAUUAUUUAUUAACGCAACAUUCGUUGAAUUUAAUAUAUAUAUAUUCGUAGGAAGGUAUUGAACGUGUAUAAUAGUGAAUUAUGAACAAUCCCAUAUGAUCCUCGUUUCCCGCGCUUUUUUGUGACUAAGAUUUUUUUUUUUUUCUUCGAAGAGAAAAACAAAAUAGAGGGAAACAAAUAGCAUCAUGAAAACGACGAAUAAUUAUCUUCUCGUUUUAUAUAUUAUAUCGUUUUUAACUUCGUCGAUAAUAUGCGAACCAAACGAUGCUACUACAACGCGUAUUCCUAUAUUAAAGUGUUGCCCACGCGAUCAGGAACUGAUCGUGUCCGUUGAGAAUGGCGUUUCGAAGGUUACUAACGAUUGCAGGAAAAGCACGACAGCAUGGCAACCAAAGAUCUACUCGCCGACUCGGCAAAUGCAAUAUAACGAACCGUUAGACGGAUGGAACGUUUUAGAGGGUAGAAGACCAGAAUGUCGAGACGAUUCCGUUUUGACCAGAAUACCGUCGAGAACGGCCGUACCAUUCAUAUUUCUUGAAGAUGGCUAUGCCAUUGUCGAUGGAAACGUUGAAGAACCGAUCGCACCUAACGAUUAUUGUGCCGACGCCAAUGCUAUCUUUGUUUGCGUUAAAAAAACCCCGGAAGGGAAUCAUGCCGCAGCGACUAUGAAGCCCAAGAUUAGACGUUGCUGCGGAAAAUCUGCCGUUUUCCACGAGGGCAGGGAAUCGUGCGAUUUUGUAAACGAGUCGGAAGACACGACACCGUUAUUGGGAGACUCAUCGACAAUGGUGGACAUAGUGUCAGGAUUUCCGGCUUGUCCUCGGGGGGACAAAUACACGAUCUUGGCCGACGUAAAAGAUGCCGUAUUGCAGUCGGACGGUAGCAUGAAAGUAGACGGUGUUAUUUUACCAAGCGGCCAGUUUUGCGUCGAGAGGAUCAAGGAACUCAACCAGGCGGUCAAGGUCUUUGCUUGCUCUGAACACGCACCGCAAAGACCACACGUGCAAGCAACAGACAUCAGAUUCACGCUCUAUCCAGUGGGCUUUAUCAUCAGCGCUGUGUUCUUGGCAGCCACCUUGGCUGCUGGUUGGCUGUUACCAGCAUCUCAUCACGUUUUGCACUGGCGAUGCCAGACCCAUCAUGUCGCUUGCUUGAUGCUCGGCGAUCUUCUCAUGGCUAUCAUUCAGCUAGCAGGAGAUUCCCUUCGUGGUGGAAGUUGCAAGGCUCUUGCUAUUAUGGCUCACUUCUUCUUCUUGGCUGCUUUCUUCUGGCUGAAUACUAUGUGCUUCAACAUCUGGUGGACCUUUAGAGAUCUAAGACCAGCAAGUUUGGAGAAGGGCCAGGAAACCUUGCGGCUCAGAGUCUACGCUUGUUAUGCCUGGGGUGGACCCCUUUUGGUUGCGGGAUUGGCCGCCCUACUGGAUCAUCUUUCACCCCAGACUCAGUACACGUAUCUUAGGCCUCGUUUCGGUGAAAAGCAAUGUUGGUUCUAUGGCGACAUGGAAAUCCUUGCGUAUUUCUUCGGACCGAUCGGUGUACUUUUAGCCGUGAAUCUUCUUUUCUUUGCCGCAACCGCACGUGAAUUAACGUGCGGCCUUUGGAAGGGAGAAUUCGUCAAGAGUACUACAGAAAGGGCUGCACUUGGCCGAGUAUGUAUGAAGUUGGUGAUCGUGAUGGGGAUCACAUGGGUCGCUGACGUGGUCUCAUGGGCAGUAGGUGGUCCGCAAUAUAUCUGGUACUUCACCGACCUGAUAAACGCCUUCCAAGGUGUACUGAUAUUCGCAGUGGUCGGCUGUCAACCUCAGGUCAGAGCGGCAUUGAAAAGACUUUGCAAUAGAAAUCCAAGAACGAACGCUGGUCGACAGGGUAAUGGCCUGAGUACAACCAGUCAUGGGAUGCCCAGCAUGGGUGAUAGCGUUACACAGAAUCCAAGUACUAAGACUGCACCGUUGGAGACCAUAUGUUAAAACUCACCUCGAAGAUUCCUGAUUAAAUAUGAAUAAUAAUAAUAAGAAGAAGAAGAAGAGAAAAAAGAAGAAGAAAAAGAAGAAGGAAAAUAAAUAAAUGAAAAAAUAAAAUGACGAAGAAGAUAAAAAGAGAGUCGGAAGACUACUCUACAACUAUCGUAGAAAAAAAAAAAAAAAAUAAAACUUUUAACAAUGUCGACUUUGGGUGAACGCAUUGAACGUUCGGCAAACAUCGACGAUCACUGCGUUUCCAUUCUAAGGUCGUUGACCUUGAGAACCCGUGGGUGUUUUGUCAGGAAUGAGAAAGCCUAGAGGCUGUAUUUCUAACACGCCUUCUUCUGUUUUUUUUUUGUUUUCCUUUUUCUUUUUUUUUUUUUCUUUCUCUCUGACGGACUUAUAUGUGUAUAUAUACAUAUAUGUACACUAAAGCACUUCAAGAUCACGUAUAUAUAUAUACAUGCGUGAGUGAGUGAGUGAGUCUGUAUGUGUAUGGUGUGUGUGUGUGUGUGUAUACGUUCGAGAAUACGAAUACUUGCAUAAAAUCGAAAAAGAAAACGAAAGGGAAAAUUCUUUAUAAGUGACGAACUCAUUCUAAUCGAAAAACUCGUUAUUAAAAUAUAUAAAGAAGAGUGGAGAGAGAGAGAGAAAGAAAGAGAGAGACAGAGCGAUUGAACAUUCAACAGAAAUUAUUAUUAAUAAAUUAUCGAUAUGAUAAUGUAUAAUCAUAGAUGACUGAUGUAUAAUCAUACAUUUAUUACCGAUUCGAUCGAAUAGUCAUUGCGUCCACUUCUCUAAUGUCUUCGGAUCGAGCUUAAUUAUAAUACUUUCUCUCUUUUGCAAGACUCAAAUGGGUUUUUUUGUUUUGUUUUUUUUUUUUUUUUUUUAUAUAUACACGUGUUUAUGUGUAUAUGUGUGUUGUUCUUUUCUAAUACUUUGACACGGUUUUUUUUUUUAAUUUUUUUUUUUUAAUUCAAAUGCAUUCUUUGCCCAUUCGUAAAAUCUCUUCUCGUGGAUCAUAAUUAUUUUUUGUGUUGGUAUAAUAACGAUUGGAAUGUUAAUAUCGGGACCACAAAAUAAUUCGUGAUGUAGAAGAGUUAAGUAGAUUUAGAAAUAACCAAAUUCUAAAAAAAAAAGAAAAGAAAAAAAAAAGAAAAAAAAAGAAUAAUAAAGAAGAAAGAAAAACGAUUGAUCAACGAUCCACGAAUCUUCACACGGGAUAAUAAUUAAUAAUUUAUUGUUUAUUGCCAUUUGGAAAUUUGAGAGAAUCAUUUCUUUGACUUGUUUGUCAUUUGGAAUGGCUAUUUUGCAUCGACAUUGAAAUCUCUCGUGAGAUCUAAAUUUUAUAUGUCAUCAAUUUUUUCUAUCGCAUCGAGAUCGCAAUAAAAGAAAAAAAAAAAAGAAAAAAAGAAACCUUUACGUCCAAGAA